CCUUCAUGUACACUUUAUGAUAUGGUAGCAAUGCCUCCCUGGCUGCUCCUCACCCAUGACACUCCAUCCACUGGUUCUGUGGCUUUUCACUGUCUCUCUCCCUCCCCUUCCCAGUGCCAAAAAGGCUGUCUCUCCCUUCUCAUCUCUCUCUCCUGCCUUCCUUCAAGCCUUUCCCAGAACCCCCAUGAUGGGUGCCUUUCCUUUGGCACCAUUUCUCAUUGAUCCUGUUAUAUACAUUUUUUGGCAUGUUGUUGAUUGCAUGUUGUCUCCCACAUUCGAAGAGAAGCUCCUUGAGGGCAGGGACUGUGUUUUUGCUUUUCUUCACAUCCCCAGGGCUUAGCACCAUGCCUGGCAGGUGGGAGAUGCUUAAUAAAUGCUAGCUGACUUACUAUUGAUUGUCUCAUUGGCCCUUAUUAGGAAUUGGACUCUCCUUUAUCCCAAAGAGAGCUGGGCAAAAACACUUGAUAGAGAAACUAGAUCAGAUGGUGUGUACAGCAUUCUUCCCUCUAGUUCUCUCCUUUGCCAAGAGGUGGGAGCUACACUUCAUUCCUUCUGGAACAAAGACCCAUUGCUAUAGUGAUUCAGACUUCAGUUAUUGUUGAAGUCAUCACAUACACCAUGUCCUGGUUCUGCUUCCCUCUCGCUCUUGUUCAGUUGGCUCUUGCUCUUGGUGACUCUGUUUAGGGCAUUCUUGGUGAGGAUCCUCGAGUGGUUUGCUGUUUCCUUCUCCAGCUCAUUGGACAGAUGAAGAAACAGGGACAACAGAGGGACUUGCCCAGGGUCACACAGCUUAUAAGUGUCUGAGGCCAGAUUUGAACCCACGAAGAGGAGCCUUUCUGAUGCCAAUCCCAGGCUCUAUACACUGUGCCCUGUAGCUGUCCUAAUACCCUCUUCCUCAGUUUAUAGAAGUCUUUCCAGGAUUCUCUGAAUUCUUCCUAUUUGACAUCUUUUACUUCACUUUGAUGCCAUCAUUUUUUUACCCAGUCUCUAAUAGACGGAUACUCACUUUGUUUCCAAUUCUUUGCAACUAGGAAAAAUGCUGAUCUGAGUAUUUGGGUAGAUUUUUUUGGGUAGAUCUUUCCAAGGUGCUUACUUCUGGUUGGGUUCAUUAUAGACUUAAAAAAAUUAUUGAGUAUCUUGGGUAAACCACCUCAUUUUUUUUUUCCUGAGCCCUCCUAAGACUCAUUCAGUGUAGGUAGAGUUCAUAACACAAUUGAGGAAAGAAAAGCACUUAGUAAAGAUGACUUAAUGCAACAGUGCCACCCUGUGUUAGUGAAGUCCCCUAACAACACCCACCAGUCAGGAAAAUGAAAUAAGGAUUGAGAGACUGAACCAAGACCUGAGAAGUUUUAGAAUUAUCUUAGAAAAGGGAGGAUUCAGAAACAACACCUGUAGUCUUUGGCUACUUAGAACUAUUGAUCUUAGAUAGGAUUAAAGCAGUGAAUAUAUUAAAGUAUGGAUCUAUGAAGAUUGAAAUAUUUAGAGAACUGGAUUGCAAGAGUUUCUCAGAUGGCUGAGACUUUAGGAAAGGUGCUUGUAAAUCUGCAAGAAAUCCUAAAUCUAAGGUUGGGAGGGAUCUCAGAGAUAGUCUAGCUUACCCUCCUUCCUUCCUUCCUUCCUUCCUUCCUUCCUUCCUUCCUUCCUUCCUUCCUUCCUUCCUUCCUUCCUUCCUUCCUUCCUUCCUUCCUUCCUUCCUUCCUUCCUUCCUUCCUUCCUUCCUUCCUUCCUUCCUUUUUUAACUUUUAAAAAGGGGAAAUUUUUGGAGAAGAUAUGGCAAAAGCAGGAGUGCAAACAAUCCAUUGAACUGAGAGUAUCUUUCCCUGUUUCCAUCCUGGUUCCUGAGAAGAGUGGGCUCAAACUUCAAGUGAUGCUACAGAACAUUUGACCCACCAAUGUCACUGCCAAAUUCAUUACAGGUUUUACUUCCGAGGUUUCCGCUGGACCAAAACCAUGAUCCACACAGUCAACGAGAUCAACCAAAGGAAAGAUAUCUUGCCCAAUAUCACCUUAGGCUACCAGAUUUUUGACUCUUGCUUCACCAUUUCCAAGUCCAUGGAAGGGACGUUGUCAUUCCUGACGGGACAGGAUGAACACAAGCCCAACUUUCGAUGCAGUGCUGGUGCCCCCCUGGCUGGGGUCAUUGGAGCAGGAGGAUCUGCCCUGUCUGUGGCCACUUCAAGGCUCCUGGGCCUCUAUUACUUCCCUCAGGUUGGCUACGCUUCAUCCUGCUCGGUUCUUAGCGACAAAUACCAGUUCCCAGCUUACGUUCGUGUAAUAACAAGUGACAAGUUCCAGUCCACAGCCAUGGUGGAACUUAUCAAACAUUUCGGGUGGGUCUGGAUUGGCACGAUAGCCGCCGAUGAUGACUAUGGGAAAUACGGCAUCAAAAUUUUCAAGGAGGAAAUAGAGAAGGCCAGUCUCUGCAUCGCAUUCUCCGAAACCAUCCCCAAGAUCUACAACCAGCAAAAACUGGCAGCUGUUGUUGAGACCAUCAAGAACUCUACAGCUACGGUCAUCGUGCUUUACACGUCAGAUAUUGACCUCAGCCCUUUCGUGUUGGAAAUUGAAUAUAAUGGCAUCACAAAUAGAACGUGGAUCGCCAGCGAGGCCUGGAUAACGUCCUCCCUCAUUGCGAAGCCUGAAUACUUCCCCUAUUUUGGGGGAACCAUUGGGUUUGCUGUUCCGAGGUCUGACAUCCCAGGCCUAAAAGAAUUUCUCUAUGAUGUGCAUCCCAGCAAGGAUCCCAACGAUAACAUCACGAUCGAGUUCUGGCAGACGGCUUUCAACUGCACCUGGCCCAACAGCAGCGUGCCCUAUAAUUCUGACCACAGGGUCAACAUGACUGGAAGAGAAAACCGAGUCCACUCGAUGUCUGAUAAAUUCUGUACCGGCGAGGAGAAGUUGGAGGACCUGGAAAAUACCUAUCUGGAUAUGUCCCAGCUCCGGAUAACAAAUAAUGUGAAAAAUGCCGUUUACGCUUUGGCGUACGCUCUGGAUGAAAUGAGUCGAUGCAUAGAAGGACAAGGACCUUAUCUGCCAGGAAAUACAUGUGCCUAUUUGGAAGACUUUGAGCCUUGGCAGUUAAUGUACUAUCUGAAAACACUUAAAUUUAAAGCCCAUAAUGGUGACGAAUUGGCACUUGAUGAAAAUGGAGAUGUGACUGGAUAUUAUGACAUCUUGAAUUGGCAACUGAAUGAUGCUGGUAAAGUUGACUUUGUGAAGAUUGGGAAAUUCAAGUUCACCCAUUCCAAACAUGAGCUGAUCAUGAAGGAAAAUACAUCUGUAUUCUGGAAUACUGAAACACUGGAGAUUCCCCAUUCAGUUUGCACCGAUCUUUGUAAACCUGGAACCAGGAAGGGGAUUCGUCAAGGGGAGCCUAUAUGCUGUUUCGAUUGCCUCGUGUGCGCAGAUGGCCAUGUCUCCCGGACCCCAGGUUCAAGGGAAUGCGAAAAAUGCCAUGAAGAUUACUGGUCCAAUGCUGCCAAGGAUGAUUGUGUUUUGAAAGAGGUGGAAUUCCUGGGUUAUGACGAAGCCUUAGGUUUCACCCUUGUGACCUUGUCCAUCUUCGGGGCCUUGGUGGUCGUGGCCGUCACAGUGGUUUAUGUGAUUUAUAGGAAGACCCCACUGGCCAAAGCCAAUGACCGGGAAUUGAGUUUCCUUCUCCAGCUUUCUCUCAUUAUCACCCUUCUCACUUCUCUCCUCUUCAUUGGCAAGCCCUACAACUGGUCUUGCAUGGCCCGCCAAGUGACGCUCGCCAUGGGCUUUUCUCUUUGUCUCUCAUGCAUUUUGGGGAAGACCAUUGCCUUAUUUUUAUCUUACAGAGUAUCCAAAUCAAAGGUCAGAUUUACAUCCAUCCGGCCCCUUUAUCAAAAGCUCAUUGUUCUCUUUUCAGUUCUCAUUGAGUCAGCUCUUUGCACUGCCUAUUUGGUGAUGAUGCCCCCAAAGGUGUAUAAAAACAUGGAGUCCCAAAACAUCAAGAUUAUUCUGGAAUGCAACGAAGGGUCCAUUGAGUUCUUGUGCUCAGUAUUUGGCUUUGAUGCCUUUCUGGCCUUGCUCUCCUUCCUAACCACUUUCGUUGCCCGAAAGCUGCCUGAUAAUUACAACGAGGCCAAGUGCAUCACGUUCGGGAUGCUGGUGUUCUUCAUCGUCUGGAUCUCCUUUGUCCCCGCGUACUUGAGCACCAAGGGCAAGUUCAAAGUAGCCGUGGAAAUCUUUGCCAUCCUGGCGUCUAGUUUUGGUCUGCUCGGCUGUGUAUUUGCCCCCAAGUGCUACAUCAUCCUGCUGCGGCCCAAGAGGAACACGGAUGAGAUCGUUGGCGGGAAGGUCCCCACCACCGACAGGAGCAUCCAACUGACGUCGGCCUCCGUCAGCAGUGAGAUGAACGUCACGGUUUCUACCGUUGUACUUGAUGACUAAAUUAGGUUCGAGUCAUGGUUCAAAAUGGCAAUAAUGAUAGGCUUUGUUCUUGCUCCUGGGAUUUGGGGGUUCUCACCUCAUUGCUUUUGGUUCCUUUAGAGGAAAAUAUUGAUUUAGGCUCUGAUGGGUUCAUUUUCACCCAGAACAUGGAAGAUCACACCAGAAUUUUGCCCAGGCAGGGAAAGUAGCUUAUGAAAACAUUCCAAAGAUUGGUAUUUGGUUGUUUGGGGCUUGGUGUUUCCAUGAUGAGUAAAUGAGUUAGCAGGGGAAGGGAUUUACCUUUGGGUUCACUUAGCAUGAAAGGCAAAAGAUAAAUUUGUAGUUACAACAAAACUGACCACGGGUUAUCCAAAAUGGUGGGUAAUCGCAAAUUGUAUUUGGAUUUAAUUGCGGUUUUAAUUUUUAAUUUUGCUGGCAGGAUUUAGUUUUGCUGAUUAUUUGCAAGGCCCAAAGUGUUUUAAAUGAACUCUGUAUCCAAAGUCUUCUGCUGACUUCCCGUGUACAUAUGCAUUUCGUUGUGAUUGGCUCAUGUCCAGCAAUUGCCAUUAAAAUGAUAAAGCCAUGGGAGGGAAGCCUUGUUCUAUUUCCUGGAAUUAUUUCUCAAUCAUAUUGAAAUAUUUCUUCUAUGGUGGGAAGAGAAUUUCCUUCUGGUCUUUUUCUUAAGCAAAUGUGGCACUUUGAAAUAAAUCAAAUGGAGAAAA